AUGAAGGCUGAACAAAAUCUCAAGAUACAAGCGAAGAAACGCACUGCAAACACAUUUAUAUAUUACAUUUGUACGGUUCUUUGUUAUUUUCCGGCGGCUGUCGGCGCCCUGAUUUGGGUGACUUGUAAAGAACAUUGGAACAUCAGAUGGUAUUUUGCUGACACUAUUCUGUUCAUGAACUCCGCUAUAAAUCCGUUCUUGUAUUUUUGGCGUAAUCGGGAAGUCUGGGAAGCAGUUUUGAAAGUAGUACGCAAAAGGUUAUGCAAAAUAGAUGAGGAAAACUUAGAUAACGGUGAUCAAUGAAAUAGUAUUUGUGGUUCAUUUGCAUUUUUAUUUUAAGAUCAAGGAUUCACUUGACGGACACUCAGGGGCAGAUACUGCCGCCAAAAAAUCCAAGAUCGAGGCAGUUGAAGAAACUACAUAACAUGUUAUGUAAAACAGAUGGGGAAAACUUAAGUUUCGGUUAUCACUAAAAUUGGUUGAUACAUCGAUAUUUUGAGCGAAGUUCACUUGCGUUUUUGCCUUCAGGAAAGACCAAGGAUAGCUACAGAUCAUACGAGCAGAGGCUAAAUUUUCGCGGUGUAAUCUGGUCUGCUACUUCCAUUGGAUUGCUCCUCAAUAGCUUACUCAGGGGCAGAUAAUGCUGCAAAGAAAGUAGCUAGAAAGUGGAAGAAACAAAGAAAAAACUAGUGGCCAAUAGGCAGGACUUCCUUAAGCCGAAAACAAACAAAACUCCUAGAGAGUCAAACAUUAUAUAAAAAGGAUUCGAGUAUUGAUAUUUUGACACAAUAUACCAUUUUCUUGAUUACUUCUUGUUUCUUCUUUUGGUUUCGUGGCUUUUUAAAUUUUGCUGUUAGGACGACCAGCUCUUCCCGAAGUUUUGUUUUUUGAAACAGAUAUCCCUUUAGCUUACCUGUAAGGUUUCAGCUUUUAAAUCUUGCAGUUUUUUGAUGAUUUCUAUCGUUUUGCAGCGAUUCAGCCGCGACUAACCAAUGUUUGUUUGUGUUUUUGCCAAAAAGUUCCCCGCUUUAGCCUCGCAAUCAUGCUGUGAAGUCUCUCGUACCAGUGCCGUCGGGGAAUACGAAUAUCGUCUAUUGCAACGGUAUCCGGUCACCUAGCUACCAAACUAUCUCGCCACGAAUGAAAUCGCCACGAGGAGAAGGUCUCUAAAAAGAAUUCUUUCACCUUAAAUUUACAAUGAAAUUUAAGGAGGUGUGGUUCAAGUGACAAUAUUAACCAGCUUUCAUAAGAAAGGCUGUUGGAUUUUAAACAAAUCGCACCUCUCCAGCGAUGCAAAUAAGCCGUAUUAAGGAAUUAAAAAAAGUCGCAAUUCUUCACAAAAAAUUAAACUAAAGAUGAGAAGUUCGACGCAAGGUGUCAAUUAAAAUUGAUAGACUUAUAUUUGGGCUUGAGGAAGAAGUGACAAUUCCAGUAAGUAAACAGUGUCAAUUAUUGCAGAGUUACUAUGUGGUGGAGAGUAGACUUCUUGGUAACAAUUUCUUUGGUGGCGAGGUGAACGUAAAGUAUUACAACACCUGGCUCUCCAGGUUGGGGGUUUGGUGAUGGAAUGAUGUCCCAUCCCCGUCAAAAAUACCAUUACUGAAACCAGACACACUUUUUAAGCUAGCAGGAAGGCAAGUGUGGAAGCCAACACAGUAACAGAGUGCAAAGAGGCAUGGUGCAUGUAACAUAUUGAAUUUUGCCACUGACACUAUAAAAUAAUACAAUCAUGGAUAACAGUCCAGAUUUCUUGACCCAUUAUGAAAUGAAACUCAGCGUACUGUAAGCAAACGGAACUUGGUAAGGUUGAAUGGGUCAAACUCUUUGUUCUCGUUUGUAAGAUGACUGACAUAAUAACAGUUUUGAUUUCAAGAUAACUGCUUUUUUGCAAGAUAUUUACAGUGUGCUUUAUCAGCAAUACUGUUACUCACUAAGAUGGGUGGUAGCCUCCAUAUGUCCAGCUUCUUCACCGCUAGUCUGUGCUUCUUGCAUCUGUUGCAGUACCUUAGAAAGAACAAUAUGAAUAAAAUAAAUAUCAACUUUUUAGAACAUACAUUUUACCUGCCAAAUUUAACUCAUCCGCCCCGAUAGGGCCAACAUAAAAAUCUAAUAAAUUUCCCACGUUUAAUUUUAUAAUAUACUGAAAACAAAAAGAUACCAUGUACUGCGAAGAGGUUUCAUUUGAAUGGUAACACCAUAGGAUUUCACCCACAGACUGAAAAGUUAUGACUAUAUACUAAAUAAAUAGUACUAUAUAAAAAUAAUGCUUAAGAGGUUUAAAUUGAAUGGUAACACCAAAGGAUUUCUUUCACAGACUCACUAAAAUUAAGAACUAUAUUACAAAUCCCCACGGUAAUGAAAGGGAAUGAAAGGUUGAUCAUGCUCAUUUCAACUGAUGGGGUGAAGACCUUAAUAAAUUUGUAUGUAAAUGGCGUGUUUGUUCCAUACGCUUGAUCCCACCCCAAGUUCUUCAAAAGACCAAUGCAGCAGAGAAAAAAGGAUGGACAAAAAAUAUGGCGCAGGCACACCACCACUUAGGUCUUACAGAGAGAGACAAAACAUUCGCAUAUAAACAUAUAAACCUAAUGGUGAAGAAACUUUUCAAGAUCGCUAUAAGUACAACAUCAAGAACGGCCAGCUAUCUGACUUGCUCUUUGUGAAAGUAGGAUUUACAAUUCUAUCUUGUCAGCCAAAAAUAUGAAAAGAAAAGGCCAAAUAAACAGGGAUGAAUGACUGAAGCAGCUGUCUUCCAAUACUUUCCUGCUGUGUGGGGUUAUUUGUGUUAUGUUGAAUUGAUGUCUUUGCUAAACUAAUAAUUAUUCUCCAUAGUAUCAGGCCUGCUUCCUUGUUGGUCACUCUGGUCUUCUUUGUCACUAGUGUGGUCGAAAUGCAAUGGAAAAUUAUAGGAGUGGGAAGAGAAGAAGCUUUUCUUUUAAUUUUAUGUCCUUUCUGUUUCCAAAAUCAAGUGACCGAAGUUAAAGCAAUUAAUUAUUUGAUAGGCAUGAUAUAUUUGCAAGUUUGACAAAGUGGGGUGCAUACCCAUUGGUGAAAUGGGGUCAAUUAGAAAAUGGGCACUGAUUCAAUUGGUACCAUUCAUCAUUAAUUCCAUUUUAAAAGAUGAUCAAGUAUAACUUCUACUAAAUGAAAAGACCUAUUAGACAUAAGUUAAAGAAUUAAAUGCUGGCAAGAUGGUUGAAAUUUUAAUAUGAUGCCAGAUGAAAGAGUAUAAAAAAUAAUAUGCAGUUUUUCUUUGAAGAGAAACAGGGGACAAAAUUGAAAAAUUUGAGAUGGCAAACUCUACUGUUGAUAUGAUGCUUGGUGGGUUGGAGAGUGACAAAGAAUCCUCACCUCUCGAGACCUCUGUAAUCAUACCGAAUAGUGUCCUCAAUGCUCUACUGAUACCAAUAUGCAUCGCUGGCAAUGUUUUGGUAUUAGCCGGCAUAUGGAGAAAUCCUUCCCUACCCACUCCGUCAUUUUGCUCUGCAGUCUUGCUGUUUCUGAUCCUUUUGUUGGGUUUCUUGCUCUUCCACUUGACAUUGCCAUCGCCUUACACUGCUUUCUCGGGUCAGUUCUUAGUCGCGUCUGUCACAAGCAAGAAUCUUCCUCAUUAUUCAACUCUGCUGUGUUUCCCUUGAAACAAUGACAGCAAUUAGCAUCGACUGAUAUUUGGCCCUCCGUUAUCACAUGCGAUAUCCGAACUUGAUGACCUCUACAUGUGCAACCUGUGUAGCAGCAACAUUUUGGUGCAAAAACAUCAUUUUAUCACUGCUUAGCAUUUGGAAGAAAAAUACUAUUCAUAGUGUUGCAAUAUUGUCUUUGUUGCCUUAUGACUUUCCAUUUCUUUAAUCACUUACAAUGCAGUUUAUCAAAUUGUUCGACACCAUCAACAUCAGAUUCAUGCCCAACAGCAAGCUGUAAAGAGUAUGAAGGCUGAACAAAAUCUCAAGAUACAAGCGAAGAAACGCACUGCAAACACAUUUAUAUAUUACAUUUGUACGGUUCUUUGUUAUUUUCCGGCG